AUAUUGCAUGUCGAUGAUCGACGGUCGGAUCAGUUCAAGGAGAAUAAUGAAGUGGCUUGAUUUUGUGCUAUGCCUCGUGUUCCUGGGCGCCCACUCGCAGCUGGUACUGACCGUGGAUUUGGGUUGUGAAUUCCGUGGUCUCAAGUUGUUAAGGGGUCAAUCGUACCAGCCUGUUGGCCAAUGCAUGCAGUACACCUGUCAGGAACCCAAACUGAUGGUGGGAAAGGCUUGCCCUCUGGUGGACGGUCCGAAGCGGUGCAAGCUGGUUAGCGACGCAACGAAACCGUAUCCCAAAUGUUGUCCCAAAUUGCAAUGUUAAUUACAAUAAAUGCGGGGUCGUCCAAUCGCUUACAAAGACCAAAAAA